AUGGCAAGCAAAGCGAGGAGUAAGAUUCGUGAAGAUAUUGGGGAUUCAAAGUUCUGCAUUAUUGUUGAUGAAGCUUGUGAUGAGUCUAAAAGAGAACAAAUGGUUCUUUUUUUAAGAUUUAUUAAUAGAGAAGGGUAUGAUGGAGCUAGAAAUAUGCGUGGAAAGUGGAAACGGCUGCAAGCUUUAUUUCUUAAUGAUUGUCCAUAUGCGUACUAUGUGCAUUAUUUUGCUCAUAGGUUACAAUUGGCCCUAGUUGCUGCAUCUCGCGAGGUAAUUCAUAUCCAUCAAUUUUUCUCUCAUUUGAGCUCUAUUAUCAAUGUUGUUGCAUCUUCUUGUAAACGCCAUGAUCAAUUACAAGAUGCUCAAGUAGAUGAACUUGCUCAUUUGUUAUCUAUUGAUGAACUUGAAAGUGGAAAGGGGGCAAAUCAGGAGAUUAUGGGUAUCACAAAUGCUCGUUGCCAAGCCUUGCAACAAAAGAAUCAAGACAUAUCAAAUGCUAUGCAUUUGGUUUUUUAUACAAAGAAAAUGAUUCAAAAUCUUAGAGAAGAUGGUUGGGUCACUUUUCUUGACCAGGUUGUUUCAUUCUCUAAUAAAUUUGAAGUUGAUGUUCUUGACUUGGAUGCUCCUUAUUUUGAAGGUCAGAGUCGUCGUCGAAAGAGAGAUAUUACAUUGGAGCACCAUUUUCACUUUGAUAUAUUUGUUGCUGCAAUAGAUGCUCAAUUACAGGAACUUGAUUGCAGGUUUGGUGAAUCUGCUUUGGAGCUUUUAACUCUUAGUAGUGGUUUGGAUCCAAGAAAUUCAUACAACUCAUUCAAUAUUGAUGUCAUUUGUUUACUUGUGGAGAAAUAUUACCCAUUUGAUUUUACAGAACAAGAGAAGAUUGACUUGAGAUAUCAAUUGAGCUCUUUUAAGAUCGAUGUGCACAAUCAUCCUGUCCUACAAUCAUUGUCAUCUAUUCCAGAGUUAUGUAGAAAGUUGGAUGAGACAAAGAGGGCAAGCAAGUAUUAUCUAUUUGAUAGAUUAAUUCGCCUUGUUUUGACUCUUCCAGUAUCUACAACUACUGGUGAAAGGGCAUUUUCAACAAUGAAAAUCAUUAAAACAAGGCUGAGGAACAAAAUGGAAGAUGAUUUUUUGGCAGAUAACUUGGUUGUUUACAUUGAAAGGGAAAUUGUUAAGACAUUUACCUCAAAUUGCAUUCCAGAUGAAUUUACUUCCAUGAAAGAAUAUAGAGUACUAUUUAAAUAG